AUUUACCGAUUGCACUGUCCAUCAUUCACCAUCUGCACUGCCCCGUCAUUCACCGUCUGCAUUGCCCCAUCAUUUACCGAUUGCACUGUCCCGUCAUUCACCAUCUGCACUGCCCCGUCAUUCACCAUCUGCACUGCCCCAUCAUUCACUGUCUGUACUGCCCCAUUAUUUACCGAUUGCACUGUCCCAUCAUUCACCAUCUGCACUGCCCGUCAUUCACCGUCUGCACUGCCCCAUCAUUCACCAUCUGCACUGCCCCAUCAUUCACCGUCUGCACUGCCCCGUCAUUCACCAUCUGCACUGCCCCAUCAUUCACCAUCUGCACUGCCCCAUCAUUCACCGUCUGCACUGCCCCGUCAUUCACCGUCUGCACUGCCCCAUCCUUCACCAUCUGCACUGCCCCAUCAUUCACCGAUUGCACUGCCCCGUCAUUCACCGUCUGCAUUGCCCCGUCAUUCACCGUCUGCACUGCCCCGUCAUUCACCAUCUGCACUGCCCCGUCAUUCACCGUCUGCACUGCCCCAUCAUUCACCGAUUGCACUGUCCCAUCAUUCACCAUCUGCACUGCCCUGUCAUUCACCUUCUGCACUGCCCCAUCAUUCACCGUCUGCACUGCCCCAUCAUUCACCUUCUGCACUGCCCCAACAUUCAUUGUCUGAACUGCCCCAUUAUUCACCUUACAUUCAUUCCUUUAUAUCCUACCCUCCAUAUCCCACUGUCUAUUUCCUGCACCUACCUGUACACACAUCCUCUCUAUUAACAUCUUCCAGGAGAAGGAAAGCUGUACAGCUCAGAUGAAGAAAAGGUGGACAUCAAAACCUCAGAUCUUGGCUGUAGUGAUUGCGAAGAUGAGGAAAGCACUGGGGACAGCUGUGAUGAAAGUCUACCAGAUAAUGCCCACAGUCCCACAAGGCCAAGGGGGAAAGGAAAGGGUGGGAAUCAGGACUCAGUGGGAGGUGUAAUGGGUACAUCUGGGAAAAGCCGGAGGCGCAGGACAGCAUUUACUAGUGAGCAGCUCCUGGAAUUAGAGAAGGAGUUUCACUGCAAGAAGUACCUCUCUCUCACAGAGAGAUCCCAGAUUGCUCACACUUUGAAGCUCAGUGAGGUUCAGGUGAAGAUCUGGUUCCAAAACCGAAGGGCCAAAUGGAAACGGAUCAAAGCUGGAAACAUCAGCAGUCGUGCUGGUGAACCUGUCCGAAAUCCCAAGAUUGUGGUUCCCAUCCCAGUACAUGUCAACCGUUUCACGGUCCGGACACAGCAGAUGGAGGGUGGGCGGCCCUAG